CAGCGACUCAGAAAAUUAGUUUACACAGACCUAGAGAGAAAGGAGAGAGAGGGGAAGAGAGAAGAGGAGGCGGCUCUGCCUUUCCUAUUAUAGAGAAAGAAAGAAGAAGACACAAAGACAGAAAGUAAGAAGUGAUAUAUGCUUUCUUGAGCCGCUAUCUAGCUUGCGCCGAGAAUGGUCGGAGAUGUGAACGGAAGCGGAGCCAGCGCAACGACGUCUUCUUCGUCGGCGUUGGCGGAAACGCAGUACGUUGGAGCGAAGACGUCCGUGUGGUGGGACAUAGAGAACUGCCAGGUUCCCAAGAGCUGCGAUCCGCACUCGAUCGCUCAGAAUAUCAGCUCUGCGCUCAUUAAGAUGAACUACUGUGGCCCCAUCUCCAUAUCCGCCUAUUGCGACACCACCCGCAUCCCCCCCUCUGUCCAGCACGCGCUCUCCAGCACCGGCAUCGCCCUCAACCACGUCCCUACCGGUGUAAAAGAUGCAAGUGAUAAGAAGAUUUUAGUUGAUAUGCUGUUCUGGGCAGUGGACAACCCUGCUCCUGCAAACUUCAUGCUAAUUUCUGGUGACAGGGAUUUCUCUAAUGCACUCCAUCAACUACGCAUGAGGAGAUAUAAUAUUCUUCUAGCGCAACCUCAUAAAGCAUCUGCACCUCUCAUUGCUGCGGCAAAAACUGUAUGGCUCUGGACCAGCCUCUCUGCUGGAGGAUCCCCACUUUCGAGUGGUGAGUCAUCACAGAUUGCUAAUGGUCACCAUACCUCCUCGAAUCAUGAAACGUUGCAAUACCAAGUUUCUGAACCUGUUCAAUUAAGCCAACCUAGUAUGUUCGUCAAUUCUGAAAAUUUUUCUUCGGGAAAUCAAAGGCCUUCCAGUGGUGGGAGGGUUGGUGAUAUAAAAAAUAAAGGAAAAUCUAGCCGAAAAACCGUAAAUCAGCCAAACAUACCCAGGGCCUCAAGCGUGCCAGUGUCGAUUCAAGAGAGUAGAAACAACAAUUAUCCUUACCAACCAGAUUAUACAGAAGCAAAGCAGUUAAAGAAAGCCCCACAUGAAUUCUUUGGUAGCAGUGAGCCUGUAGUCCCUGCAAGUCGGUCUACACCAAAUUUCUUUCCUGGCAGUUCUGACACUUCAGGGAGUAAUGGCAAUAAUUUCUUAGGAAAUCCACAAAAUCAAUAUCCUCAUUCUUUGAGGCCAAACAAUCCCCAUAUGCAACCUUCUUUUGGACCGGAGAAUUCGCAUCAUCCAAAUUCUCAUGUUCAUGGUUUUCGCCCAAUUCGACCUAAUGGCCCCGGAUAUUUUCCAGCUCCACAUAUGAAUAUGCCUGAUUUGGGUAGGCUAAAUAUCCCUGAAUACCCCAGCUAUGUUCAAAACCCUCCUAAUGGCCAGCACAGAAGUGGAGAAGAAUUAAGGCCUAACUCUACUGAAUCUCCAUAUUCAGCACGUAUAAAUGCACAACAAAAAAGCCAUAGCCUGCAGGGUGGCCAGGCAUUUCAUCACGAUGCUAUGAACAACCGGUUUCCUCAUGGUUCUGGAUAUUCCCCACCUGUAUCCUCUCCAAUGAAUGCUGUUCCUAGCAAUGGUGGCUGGGGAUCUCGAGGACAUUCACCACCUUCUGACUAUGUGCAAGGCCUUAUUGGUGUCAUCCUACUUGCAUUAAACACCCUGAAAAUCGAAAAAAUUAUGCCUACUGAAGCAAACAUAACUGAUUGCAUACGCUAUGGAGAUCUGAAACAUCGUGAUACUGAUGUAAAGAAGGCCUUGGAUUACGCAAUUGAGCAAAAUAUGGUAGUGAAACAGAACCUAGGUGCAGUGCAGCUGUAUGUUGGUAAAAAUGGAAGAUUAUGGAAGUGUGUGAACCCUAUAGGUGGUAAUCCUAUGCACUACUCAAAAUCAACAUGGGAUGGCAUACAGAAGUUUCUUACUUCCUCAGCUGGCAGAUCAAAGAUGAUGGCUUCUCAAUGCAGAUAUGAAGCAGCUUUGACCUUAAGGAAAGAAUGCUUAGAAGAGCAUACUUUGGGUGAUGUACUCCAGAUCUUGAAUAUGGUCAUUUCCGUGAAGAGAUGGAUUAUUCAUCAUCACUCGGGAUGGCAACCGAUUAACAUUAUUCUUGCAGAGACUUAAACUGAUAUAGCUAUCGAAACUGGUCCUUGAUCAAUAUAAGAUCAGUUUUGGCACCAAAAUAGUGGCGCCUUAAGAUGGUUAGAGGUAUCGUCAUUAAGUUGGACCUGAUGACUGGAGGAACACUGGUCACUUUUGAAAGUAAGUAGGGCUCUGCUAUUUGUUUCACAGCUUUAUUUGCUGGAAGUAGCUGGCAUCUAUAGAAUGAAAACUCUCUUUGGGUAAGGUCACCUACUAGACUGCUCAAUUUCCUACAGCCUGGCGGCUAUAAGAUGCUCUAUGUGCCCUAGUUUUUUAUUUUUUUUAAAAGCUUUGCACCCAAAUUACUGGGUCUAUUCCUUAAUUAGAGAUACUACUUCCUAGGUCUUGUUUCGUAAAGGUGUAGUAUUUUGAGAGAAAUGCAUCAGGGAAGAGUCUUGAUCUUUUUAAACCAAAAAAAAAAGAAAAAAAAAAAAAAAAAAAGAAACUUGUAAGCAAAUUUCGUAGCCGUGGAUAUAUGAUAUUUGUAUUAUAGCCAGCAUAAUUAUGUUAUGCUGGUUUGUUGUGGUAUAAGGGCCUUUGAUACAAGUUUUAUUGAAGACGUGCCAUAGUUCUGUUGAAGGGUUUUGAGAUGACCGUGACCACAUGGAGGAGUUUAGUGGUUCAUUUAAAAGACUACAGAAAAGUUCAAAGCGAAAGAGAUGAAGCAACUCCAUAGACAUCAAAGAAAGUAUACAAGGUAUGGAUGGUGACUCGUGUUGGUCUUUGAAGUGUGAGAAGAGAGCAUUGCUUUUACUCUUAUUACAGGUAAAUAAAAAAGAAGGGAGCAUUGUUUAUGCAGACAGAGCAUAUGCAUAUGUCAAAUAUUUCUGGAUGCCUUGUAGGAAAGUACAGCUGGAGCUUUCUGCGUGUUCUACCUUGAAAUUGUUUAUAUCAAUUAUCUUGCUGGUAGAGGAAAAAUCUGGGAAUAACAGUGAUGCCAUCUAUGGCUCUAUCCUAUUGGAAGUGUGUGUACUUUUCUUUUUUUGUCCUUUUAAGUUCCUGUUCGUGUUGUAUUUGGCUAAACAAGUUGGCUUCGACCCU